CGCGCGUUCAGGCGGGACAGGAGGGCGCGCAGGACAUCAGCACACCGGCCGGGUCAAGGAGCUGCAAGGAUGGAGAUCCGACCGGAUAGGUUCAAGGCGGUGGCGGGUAAAACCUUGGGGAAAAUUACCAGGCUCAUUGAGAAACGACAGGCAAAUGGAGAAACCAUUGAGUUAUCAGCUGAAGGUCGCCCAGAGCUGGUAGAGGAGAAGGAACUGCCUGUGGUGGACUGUACCUGCUUCGGCCUCCCCAGGCGGUACAUCAUCGCCAUCCUGUGUGGUCUGGGCUUCUGCAUCUCGUUUGGUAUUCGCUGCAACCUGGGUGUUGCUAUUGUUAGCAUGGUCAAUGACCAUACUGUCUACAAAGGCAAUAAGGAGGUGCUUGUGGCUGCCCAAUUCACCUGGGACCCAGAGACAGUGGGGAUGAUCCAUGGCUCCUUCUUCUGGGGCUACAUAGUUACACAGAUCCCGGGUGGCUUUAUAUGUCAAAAAUUUGCAGCCAACAGAGUGUUUGGCUUUGCCAUAGUGGCCACGUCUGUCCUCAACAUGCUAAUCCCAUCUGCAGCUCGCUGCCAUUACAGCUGCGUCAUACUAGUGAGGAUAUGUCAAGGCCUUGUCGAGGGUGUAUCGUACCCAGCCUGCCACGGGAUCUGGGCCAAGUGGGCACCUCCUCUCGAGAGAAGUCGAUUAGCCACCACAGCCUUUUGUGGAUCCUAUGCAGGGGCAGUGGUGGCCAUGCCCUUAGCAGGGAUACUGGUGCAAUACACUGGGUGGCCUUCUGUAUUUUAUGUCUAUGGCAGUUUUGGGAUAUUCUGGUAUUUGUUCUGGAUUCUAGUGUCAUACGAGAGCCCUGCUGUUCAUCCUACUAUCACUCCAGAGGAGAGAAAAUACAUUGAAGAUGCAAUUGGGGAAUCCGCCGCUUUUCUCAAUCCUCUUCAUAAAUUUAAAACCCCAUGGAGACAUUUCUUCACUUCCAUGCCAGUCUAUGCCAUCAUUGUGGCCAAUUUCUGCAGAAGCUGGACCUUCUACCUGCUGCUCAUCAGCCAGCCUGCUUAUUUUGAAGAAGUUUUUGGCUUUGAGAUAAGCAAGGUGGGCAUUGUGUCAGCUUUGCCCCAUUUGGUGAUGACAAUUAUAGUGCCUAUCGGAGGCCAACUGGCCGACUACCUGAGAGCCCACAACCUGAUGUCCACCACCAACGUCAGAAAGCUGAUGAACUGCGGAGGUUUUGGGAUGGAGGCCACCCUACUUCUGGUAGUUGGAUUCUCUCACACAAAAGUUAUUGCCAUUUCCUUCCUGGUCCUCGCUGUGGGGUUCAGUGGCUUUGCAAUCUCAGGGUUUAAUGUCAAUCACUUGGAUAUUGCUCCUCGAUAUGCUAGCAUACUGAUGGGAAUUUCAAAUGGAGUGGGAACAUUAUCAGGAAUGGUGUGUCCUCUCAUUGUUGGGGCAAUGACCAAACACAAGACACGUGAGGAGUGGCAGUAUGUCUUCCUCAUAGCGUCCCUCGUUCACUACGGAGGAGUCGUUUUCUAUGGAAUCUUUGCAUCUGGGGAGAAGCAGUGGUGGGCUGACAUUGAAGACACAAGCGAGGAGAAAUGCAGUAUAAUCAAUGAGGAUGAACUGGCCAAUGAGACAGAGGAGCUCUACCGUGGAGGUGGCCAGUACGGGGCCAUGGGACAGCCGGUGGUUGGUUCAAAUGGAGGAGGGAGGCUGCGGAGGAGGCGGGGGAGCUGAAUAGGUUACAGACUGGGAUAAGUCUGAGUAUGUGCAACCACCGGGAUACAACUCUUACAUGUGUACUGGAGGGAAGGAGAAAGAGCUGACAUAGAAGACUGGAGUGAUUCAGGUUUUUAAAAAUAAUAAAAUAAAUGAGAAGAUUGCUUAUGGAAAGAAAUUGUAGGACAGUUGUUGGGGUACUGAAAGGACAUUUACAAAUGCACAUGUCAAGAGUCUGGAUUUGCUGUGUUGCAAGUGUUAGUGUGCGUGUGGGGUUGUGUGUGUAUGUGUGUGUGUGUGUGUGUGUGUAGGCAUGCAGCAGCCAACACAGUGAAUUUGCAGAAACAGUUUUCAUUUGCAAAGUCUGGACUCUUCUCCUACACUUUCUUCCUGCUCCUGAUUUGAUGGUAAAAGGUCAGGAGUUCUGUUUCCACAGGAUCAGUAAGGAGUUUGUGUGUGAGAGACAGAGAGUGGUGGUCUGUUGUUAUAUUUAAGCUUUUAUUUGUGAGCAGUGUGUGUAUUUUUGCUGAUUUCACUUUAUGGCAUAAAAAAUUGUUUAAAUUACUAAAUACACAGUGAAAUGGUUCAGUUUCAUGGUUUCAUAUGAAAUAACAAAUAUGUCAAUCACAAGGUGUGUUUAGGUGUUGGCUUGCAUCUGUCUAUACACAUAAAUGUAAUCUGAAUUUUGUGGAAACCUACUGACCUGUGUGUGUGUGUGUGUGUGUGUGUGUUCCUGUCUUGGCAUCACAGUGAGAACCAUUUUCCCGAUUUCACCAUCAAAUUGAGGACUGU